AUGAUCAGUCGGUUUUUAUUCAAAUCGACCUCCAUUCUAUGUCGUUCUUGUCAACAACGACUAACAACUUGUUCCAGUUCCCCUUAUUUAUAUCAAACGCGCAGAAAUCUUGCUAGUCUCUUCUCUAAAACAUCACCUCAUACAUCUUUCAAUGCUCGACGUUUUCUUUCGAAAUCAACGAAAACGAAUAAGAAAUAUCAACCGGUAUCUUAUGGCCCAAAAAGUAAACGACCCAUUAUAGAAGUCUAUCAUAAAAUGACAAUCAAAGCGCUUGCACAAGCGAUGAGUAUUAACGUUGAUCAUAUUUAUGAUUGUCUAAUUCAUAUAAAAAACGGUGAUCAAUAUUCAUCGGAUAAUCAAGAAAUUGACGAUUUCAAUAUUAUUGUCGAAGUUGUACAUCUAUGUGGUGGAAAACAUCGACUUAUACCAUCGCCGUUUGCCAACGAUAAGAAAAAACCAGUCACAAAUGUUGUCAAAUUUGUUCGCACACCGAUGCCAUCGCCAGACAAGUUAAAACCUCGACCACCGGUGGUUACCAUUAUGGGCCAUGUCGAUCACGGAAAAACAAGUCUUCUAGAUGCAUUAAGAAAUAGUAAUAUUGUUUCAGGUGAAUUCGGAGGUAUAACACAACAUAUCGGUGCUUUUAUUGUACCUGUUUCGAAAUCGAUGACUAUUACGUUUAUUGAUACGCCUGGACAUUUGGCAUUCGCUGAAAUGCGUGCUCGAGGUGCUCAAGUAACGGAUAUUGUUGUUCUUGUUGUUGCCGCAGAUGAUGGCGUUAUGCCUCAAACAUUGGAAAGUAUUGCUCAUGCGAACAGAGCCAAAGUUCCAAUUGUUGUUGCGAUCAAUAAAAUUGACAAAGCUGAUUCAAAUAUUAAACGAACGGAAAGUAUGCUUGCUGAACAUGGAGUACAAUUAGAAUCAAUUGGUGGAGACGUUGUCGGUGUGCCUAUAUCUGCAUUGAAAAAUAUUAACAUCGAUAAACUGUUGGAAUCGAUCUUAGCUGUUGCUGAACUACAACAAUUGCAUGGUGAUCCAAAUGGACCAGUUGAAGGUACUAUACUCGAAUCUAAACAUGAAGAAGACACGGCAGGAGACGACAAUACAUUCGAUAACAAUCAACGGAAGGGAAAUCUGGCGACUGUUCUCGUCCAACGUGGUGUGUUGAAAAAAGGAACCAUUCUAUUGGCUGGUCAAAGUGUUGCACGAGUUCGUGCUCUAUACAAUGAACGUGGUAUUCAAAUUGAACGAGCCACCCUGAGCAUGCCUGUGCAAGUAACUGGUUGGAAAACAUUGCCGAAUGCCGGUGAGGAAGUAUUCGAAAUUGACAGCGAAAAUCUCGCCAAUCGAAUUGCUACUCAACGUAAAGCAGAUGAAACUGCUAAAAAAAUGGAAGUCGAUGCUGUUGUUGUAACGCAAAAACAUGAAGAACAUCUACAAAAAUAUCGAGCAGAACUUCAACGCCGUCGAGAAUUAGGUAUCAUAUUCCGUAAACGUGAUAAAGGUUCAGGUCAACAUAUAGAAGAUAAAGAAGAAAAACUUAAAUAUUCAAUAUUACUUAAAACGGAUGUUUAUGGUACUUUGGAGGCAUUGACAAAAAUUAUCAAUAUGUAUAAUGAUACUCGAUGUCCUUUGGAUGUCAUCGAUGCUGCUGUUGGUCCUGUAAAUGAAGAUGAUAUAGAAGCAGCUCAACUGUUCAAUGCAACAAUCUACGCAUUUAAUACGAACAUAAAUCAAACCAUAGCACUCGAUGCUAGUCGAAAACAUGUUCCAAUUCGAACAUUUAAUGUUAUUUAUCAUAUGUUGAAUGAUAUAAAACAUGAGUUAACAAAACGUAUACCUUCAACUGAAGAAGAUGUCCAAACUGGUUGUGGAGAUGUGUUACAAACAUUUGAAAUAACUGAACGGAAUAAAAAGAUUCCUGUCGCUGGUUGCCGUGUCACAGAUGGUUUCUUCGAAAAGAAACAACUAUUUAAACUUAUCCGCAACGGACAAGUUAUUCACCGAGAUACUUUAUCCUCAUUGAAACAUGUACGCGAUGAUGUUCAGUCGAUAAAAAAAGGUGUUGAAUGUGGUCUAUCGUUCACAAAUCAUGAUAUUAAAUUUCAAAAAGGUGAUCAGAUCGUUUGUUAUACUGUACGACAAGUGACACAGGAAGCGAAAUGGGACUUUGGUUUUUAG